AUGGGAAACUCGAAACAUCAAACUCAUCUCGUAUAUCCACAUGUGGAAGAUCUCAGCAAACGGUUCAAGUCCGUGGAGUUCAAGUAUAACCCUCGAUUCUAUAAUGAGUUAGCUGAUGCACUAGCUACUUUGGCCUCAGUGUUGCCAGACCCGGGUAAUGUUCACAUUGACCCGCUGGAAAUUCAGGUUCGAGAAAGGCAUAGUUAUUGUAAUGCAAUUGAAAUGGAGCCAGAUGUUCAGCCAUGGAAUCAUGAUAUCAAAAGGUUUGUGAAAACAAAAGAAUAUCCCGAACAGGCCAGCGGGGAUCAAAAGAGAACAAACUAUCAGAAGGCUUGCAAACAGUUUCUUUUUGAGCGGAGAAGUCCUAUACAAAAAAACUCCUGA